ACUGCCCGAAGACGAGCAUAACUUUCGAUAAAGACUCGUAUAGAUUUUAAUCAUUCUGCAUCACAAUGUCUCAUCAAACUGGUAUUAAGGCUAGUGACAAAUUGAAAGAUGUUUUUCGUGAAUGUACUAUAUCUGGUGAUAUUCGUUUGGUGAAAAUGGGAAUUAAGAAUGAGAAAUUGGAAUGUUUUGACAAAGUUAAAAUGAAGUCUUCUUGUUCAUGGCGUGACCAGUAUGAUGAAGCAGUGACGCCAUUACUUGAGGAAGACCAACCCUGCUAUAUGCUGUAUCGUCUUGAUACAAAAGAUCAAUGGUUGUUUAUUGCAUAUACUCCAGAUACUGCCCCUGUCCGCGAAAAGAUGUUGUAUGCUGGAACUAGAGCCACAGCAAAAAUGGAGUUUGGCGGGGGGUUCAUAUUGAAUGAAUUGAUUGGAACAAAUAAGGAUGAAGUUAUAUUGUCUGGAUAUGAUGAGCAUGUACAUGCUGCACGACAACCUCCACCUCUCACAGAUGCAGAGGAAGAACAAAAGUUAAUAAAAGCUGUUGAAAACUCCACUGAAAUCAAUGUAGGGACGCGACAUCAAACAACCCAGGGCUUGAGCUUUCCGCUAACUCAAGAUCUGGUCAAUGGCCUCGAAAAAUUCAAUCAAAGAGAGUUGAAUUAUUUACAACUGAGGAUCAAUUUGGAAAAAGAACUCAUCUAUUUGUCAUCUUCUGGUAACUUUACUAUCUGCGAGUUGCAAAAUGAAGCUCCUGUAGAUGAUGCAUACUACCAUAUUUAUCGAUUUGAUCACAAAUUCGAUGGAAAUGACAUGUCGUCAAUUGUGUUUAUUUACACUAUGCCAGGAUAUAAGUCACCAAUAAAAGCUCGCAUGCUCUAUUCUUCAUGCAAAGGAACACUCAUAGAUGAAUUAGCAUCAACAUACAAUAUCAACUUUGAUAAAAGGUUGGAGCUUCAAGAUCAAGCAAUUUCUGAGGAGUACCUUCUCACAGAAAUUCACCCACCUGUUCCGGAAAUGAAAGAAAAGUUCUUGAAGCCAAAGGCUCCAGGAAGGAGAGGUUCUCCAAGGAGAACAAACAGACCUGCCAAUGGAUCUACAUAAUUUUUGUUUGCAUAUGUUAUUAAAGCUUUAUAUCGCCAAUGAUUUUCUAAUAAUCAUUUACUCGCACAACGUGCACUUUGUGACAAAUUGUUGAUUGUAUAUUAUUAUUCAUAUUUGCAUAUCUGGAAGAGCCUAAUUAUUUAAUGAUCAAAAUCUUGAGACUUUACGUGUAUAAAAAAAUACAUGGUCAUAUAUACCGGUAUAGAAUGUCAGUUGCCAAAUGGUCGGUCCAGCAUGCUUAUAGCUAUUCAAACAAGGUAUUCUUUACAACUUACUCAUAAAUAUAGAAGUUUUCGGAAUGAUAUAUUUGUAACUCAGGCACUUAACGGAAUCAUCUGUGGCCCAAUGAUGAAAAUGAGAACUCCCUAGAUUUCUCUCUUGCCUGCCUCUGUGUUUUCAAUGUAUACCAACAUACCCCCCAUUUAAAAGAUUGUUAUUUUGCUCUAGUGGGCUGUGUGAAUUGGCUUCUUCUUACUAGCAAUAACCUUCACUUUAUUAUUUUCCACCAUGAAAAUUCCCCAAUGAACCAUACAUAGUUAGUAUGUGCAAAAAGCUGUAUGGUAUGACUCAGCUGCAAUGCCUUUGUAUGGAUAUGCUUCUAUUCAACAAAAACUUGUUUUCAUUCCUAUUGAUGAUGCUGCAAACAAACUGACGAAGGCGUGAUUCAAAGUUGAGUCGCUGUUUAGGUAUCUCAUGAAUUUUGACUUUGACUUUGCGGAUAUACUGACAUGAUUUUAUAUAUCAUAAUCAGAUAAAUCAAAUAAUGUACUGCCUUACUGCCUAUUUCAUCAUUUUAUGCUAAUUAUUUAUAUAUGUCAAGAACUUACAAUAAUGAUGCAUCACAUAUUGUCUGGAUUCAUCGAAUUGUCGGUAUAUGUAUAUUUGAUGUGUCAAUUGAAAAAGUAUGUUGAAUACGAAUACUAUAUUCAUUGUACAAUUACUAAAACUUACUAGCGUUUUUAAUUGAAGCUACUGUAAUUAUCCAUGACAUUGUACAGCUGCAUUCAUUGCAUACGUUGAAGUUCAUCCAUCAAUUUUAUAUGUUUGAAAGGUUCCAGUUGUAUCUAUAAACCUCAGCUUGGCAUAGCCUAAUGUGUAUGUGCACUGUAACGUAUGUUGUCUUUAUGGCAUGGUAGCCACUGAAGCACAAAACGACUUUGCAGCAGCAGCAUUUUAAAUAUAUUUAGAAAAUUAUCACCGCUAAUCCACUCUUAUCAUUAUUCUUCUGAUAUAUUAUUAUUGUAAUAAUUCGCUGUGGCCGCUGGCGACGGUUUUGAUUUUUUCUUUGAAAUAAAGAAAUCAUGCCCACUGCUGUUACAUUUUA